CAAACUGGGUAUGCGUUUCAUCCUUGGAAAUCUGCGGAACUUCUCUCUCAAUCGAUUGUCGCAGGCCAUAUCAAUGUAUCCAAUCGCCGAAUCAUAGAGCUUGGUGCUGGUACCGGUCUAUGUGGUAUAACCGCAUUAAGUUGUGGUGCUUCUUGGGUUACCUUCACUGAUGUCAAUGAACCACUAAUCGAAGAGAAUAUUCUUCGCAAUGUCGAAAGGGCCAACCUGUCAAAAUGUAGUUUCGCUGUCUGUGACUGGAAUGACAUACCUGAGGUUGCAUUAACGCAGUCGUUUGACGUAAUUCUCGCCUCCGAUUGUUUGAGGAAGUCACUAUGGUUAAUAUUUCAAUUUUUUAUUUCUGUAUGUUGGUGCAAUGGAGAUAUCAGUCAUACUUUAUCUCCGUGUUCGGGAAUGUAUCUGCUUAAUGAAGUGCAAGAUAAUCGUUAUCGUCGACGCCAUGAAGUCCUUUUGCAACACGCCAAUGUCCACCCUCACACUAAAAAAAUGUUGCAGUUCGCACUCACAAAAAUGAGAUUUAACCAUAUUCACAAUAUUCUCGGGACCCGGAUCUGUCAGAUUUUCGUCUUUUUAAUCACUAGGAGUUGGUGCAAAGUUCUAUUCAACGUUAGUAUCUGA